AUGUUUCCCCACUACCCAGCUGCAAUUAUUGAAGGAAUAAACAGUUCAUUAAUCCUCUCUAGCAAAGUUUUAGGUUUGAAGAUUCGUUUGGCUGCAACACUAUUUAAAAGACCCUCAUUCGGCGGGAUAGUUGAUGUAUUGAUGUCUAUAACCAGGGGACCUGUUAAUGUUCACAAGAAGGGGCUAACUUCGGCAGUUUAUGAUGUCCAUGGACGCCGUAUAGUUACUGGUGGAUCAGAUGGGAAAAUCAAAAUCUUCGAGUCACUUGAUGACGCUUGUCCAGUGGAACACAUCGUUGGAGAAAAAAUCAAUGCUAUUGCUUGCCGAUAUGAAAACGUCAUUGUUGCUACUGAGGGAACUUACGUCCACAUUCUUCAGAUGGAAGAUGGCCUUCCUGAUGGUGUGGCUACCCGUUUUACUGCAGAAGUCAACCAUUUAGCCAUAAACAAAGACCUUAGUAAGAUAGCUUUAUGCAGUAGUGAUUUCUCAGUCAAGGUUGUGGAUCUUUCCGGUCAUGAUAAUGACCGGGAAUUGGUUUUCAAGGGACAUCAAGGAGCUGUUCUGAGUGUGGCUUUUGAUCCUCUCGAUGUAUUCGUAGCCUCUGCUUCAUGCGAUGGCAGUGUCCGUCUCUGGGAUUUAAUAAUUGGGGAGGAAAAAAAGUGCAUUUAUACACUUGCGAAAUGUAAUGAUCCUCUCUUUGCUCCAAGUUCCUGUAGAUUAUGCUGGGAGAGCACAGUUGGGAAGUUUUUACUCGUGCCGGUUGAUAAAGAAAUCAAAAUGUUUGAACGAGUGUGCUGGAGUUUGCUUUGCUCCCUAUCCUGCCCUUCAGUCACUCGUGCAUACAAUAUAUGCGCUUCUUCACGGGAUGGCAAUCUUAUUUCAGGUGGAUCAUUAGAUGGGUGGAUUAUUGUUUGGCGUGUUGAAGACAGACAAGCAAUUCAUCGUAUUCGUGAUCCGUCUCAUAGUCGGAUUUGUAGCUUAUUUUGGCAUCCUCUUGACAAAAAUCUUCUAUUCGCGAACGAAAAUGGAUCUGUGGGACUUGUUCACUCUCCAGACCAUCAGCCUUCUAGAGAUUCAUUGUCUCCAAAUAGAAUAGCUCAGUUAAUGGGUUGUGAUGAAGAUGGUGAUACUGCCGAUCUUUUAAAUGCUGCUGCAGCUCAGGCGGAAUCUAGCAGACUUUUAGCUGACGACGAUGUCAUCCCCCACUCAAACGAGGAUGAUAGUAAUUCUGAUUCCAUUGAUCUAUCUCGAAUCAAGUCCGACUACAUGUCACUCAAUGAUGAAGCUGAGGAGAAACAAGCCCCUGCAAAAAUAGAAACCAAAGCGACUGUUCUUACUACAGAAGAUAAUAUAUGUCCAAAAAAGGAUAACGUCACAAUCCAACCUUUGCAGAAGGCUUUCCAGUCAGGUGCAACACCACUUGGUUUUCGCGAACGUUUCAUGGUAUGGAAUAGAAUUGGUAUCGUGACACAGUUCAGGGAUACUGCUGAAUAUCAGUCAGAGGAUGAUGCAUCGAAUCAGUUUUCUGGAGGAAGUAUAGAAGUAGAAUUUCAUGAUAAUAGUUUACAUCAUAGUUUGCGGUUAUCCAAUAGUUCGGGUUACUCUAUGGCGGAUCUAAGUUUAACUGCCUUGUUGCUAGCAUCUAAAGGUUCAGACGACCCCAAUCUGGAUGAUUUGAAUGGUGAUGAGCAAAAUGAAUUAUAUGACCUCAGUCGCAUCUCAAUAUUACCACUCGAUGUUGGCAGUUCAAACAUCGGAGAUGCCUCUGUAGAAUGGACUACAACUCUCCCACCUGGCGAAUUAUGUGAUGCAGUUUGCUUAGUUACUGAAGAGGGUAAUGAUAAAACUGAAAGUCCUGGUUAUGCUGUUGUCGCUACCUCAAAGUGCCUGCUGCGCAUUUUUACCCAACCUUCCCCAUCUUCAUCCGUGGCACAUUCGAGUAAUUUACGUUUGCUUCAGAUAAAUAAGCUAGGUUUGCCACCCAUUAGUCUCUCUGGUCACCACACUGUUGUCUUAGCAAGUCAUCCUAAUAAUCCUAUUUUGGCUGUGGUAACUUGUAAUGUAGUAGGAGAAUUAGAAUGGAGAGUGUUUUACUUGGGAGGAAUUAUGCUCGGAUCCAACCGGACUGCAGCUCCACUAUGGAUGAAAAGUUCCUUAUCUAUCUGGCAACAUUUGCCACUUAGUCCUCCGUUAAAACAUACCUCCCUUGACACUUCAGUAGUUCGCUUAACUUGGUUUGGAUUCUCUGAUACUGGAGGAUUGUUUACAUAUGACUCUAAUGGAGUUGUACGACGCCUUAUUCAUGGCCGUUCGCGAAGACACCCAGAAUUUCAUUGGGUUCCUAUUUGUGAUACAAGAAGUUUAUUAAAGCAAAACAAUAGGCGAACAGAUAAUUAUUUCGUUGUUGGUGUCCUAGAAUCUUGUGAAUCUGUAGAAAAUUUGUCUUCUGAAAAUAAAAAGGAUUUGAAGUCCAAUGUCGUUGGGUUUGGUCAGCUCCAAGCAAUUUACUGUAAAGCCUCAAAAUGGCCAAGAGUUUUUCCACGACCUGUGGUGUCAAAUAUAUCCUUCCGUCUACCUUUAUGUUCAAUGAAUACUGAUCAAAGUGAUUUGGAGGAAAAUUAUCUUCAGUGUGUAAUAAGUGAAGACUGGCCUAUCUGGGGUCCGAAUAUCACUGAUGCAAAUGAAGAUAUAUUGUCACAUUUGUUAUCAUUAAAUACAAAAUCGCUGACCAAGCGCAAGGCAGUUCUGUUACGUCUUUUCGCUCUGGCAGCAAAACUCGAAUCUGACUGGGCUAGCCUCGCAAUCGCUAAUAUGAUGCCAGAUGCAGCAACUGUUCAGCUUGCUAUUAGAUACGCUGGUCGGCUGAGGCGUCAAAACCUUGCACAUCGUUUAGCAGGAGUUGCUUUAGAAAAAGAACGUGUAUCAGAAACUGUUGAAGUUGAUGAUUGGGAUGAUAUACCACAGAGUUCAACAUUUAGAGGGAAUUGUAAUAGAGAUCCUACUACGUUCUCAGGUUAUUCUCCGUCGAACAACCAUAUUCAUUCUCAUUCAAAGACUUCAAGACCUACAAAUGGUUCAGAUUAUCAUGAUGUGGCAGAUAGUUCACUUGUUAGUUCAGGAACUGAUGAUGGCCAUAUUGAUGGUUCGAUUAAUAAUCUACCUCUAGCAGAUUCCGAGUCUUUGUCUCAUUCUGUGUUGACUCCCUCUUCACGAAAUCCAUUCAAAUCUUCUCAUGAACCGAAAGAAUUUGCACCCCGUUCGAUCGCUCAUGGAACUGAACUCUUAGAUGCUUGGACACCUAAGACGACUGCUACAAAUACCAAAGUUCCUCAGAAGCCUGAUGUCAACAAAACUCAGAACAACAAAAAGCGUUCACUCUCUUCAUCACAACGAUCUAAAUUACCGAAAAUGAAAUCUGUUGCUAUAGCAGAAUUUUAAUUUUAAACCGUUUCUCAUUACAUAAUUCAAAUAUUUUGGUAGCGCUGAUCAAGAAUUCACUGAUUGGUUUGAAGAAAAUCGAGAUACUUUGGAGGAAAGUUAUCCAGAAGUUUCAGUUGAGGAGCUUGUUCGCAUAGGACAGUCUCAAUACCGUUCUAUAAAAAGUUCAAAAGACGGUGUUUUUGAUGGAAAAGAAAAGGAAAACGUACUACAAAGUAAUACCAAACGUCCAUUAAGUGAAAAUGAUGAUUUAAUUCAGUGUAAUUCCAAUGCUACAAAGAGAAGACUAUCUGAAUUUGAGAAUAAUGUAUCUAAGAGAAUGUCGUCAUUCGCAUUCUCUCAGAAUUCUUCAAAAUAAUAAAGAUAACAUAUCUAGUUUCAGUUAAAUAAUGUGGCGUCACAUUUGUAUAUUAUGUUUAGAUCGGUUUGUUGUAUUAAUUGUUAUAGAGCGAUCUCUUCCUUUAAAAAGUGUAAUUUGUAAUAUCAACCCGUUGCAUAUCUCUAAAUUUAUUUCCUUUCGUAAAGUAUUUGCAUACAUUUUUUUACUAGAAAAUGUAAUGCUUACCCUGGCUUGAAUUUGUAUCGUAUAAGCUGCUAUAAAAUACUGUUAUGACUUUUCCUAUCAACUGAUCCUCAAUUUCUAUACACAGUGUAUACGUAGGUUUAGCACUCAGAGUAAAUCAAUUAACGAAAGCUCUACAAGAAGUGUUACAAACACAAUAUAUAGUUUUUGGCU